CGCCGUUAUCUAAAUGGUUACUGUGUCGACUAUUUUAUGUGGACUAUGACAUCUUCUUUUGAUCUUACCGAACAUAACUGAGUAAAACCACACACGCAAUGCAGACUCAAUUUGAUAUAUAUAUAUAUAUACACACACACAUGCUCAUCCUCUUCCUCGAUCCUCACUCAUUACACAAAACAAUACAAGAGUUCCAUCUUUCUCUUGUUCUUACACUUCCAAAUAUAUUACUAGGUGAUCAAUAACGGUAAUUUAACACAUAAAUCAAAGCGGGUAUACACUUUUCUUAGGUAAAAAAGAGAUUUAUAUGGGCAAAGGUCGGAGUUUACCGAUUAGUCGGAGCGAGCGAUUUCUUGGAAGCCAUCAGCAAUCCGUGGACGGAGUAACCACCGUCGAGCUGGAGCUCAUGGAAGAGGAUGUCUGGUCGGUGGUCGAGCCUGACGAACCAACGGAAGUAGGCGCGUGGAUCACACGCUCUCUCGAGGGGACUGACAAUGAAUGGAGACGGAACGGAGGCCGCGUGAGUGACCUGACCGUCUCGAGUGAAGGGCGGAGGAAGAGACACGUGGCGACUUCUGCGCCGGUGAAAGUUCCUGACUGGAGCAAGAUCCUAAAGGUGGAGUCCAUCAAGUCAAUGCAUAAUAAUAAUAAUGAUGAUGCUGACGCGGCGGUUUUUAAUUGGGGGAGUGAGAUAGUGCCGCCUCAUGAAUACGUGGCCGCGCGUAGCCGUAACGGUGACGGUAGUUCGUCGGUGUUUUUGGGCGUGGGGAGGACGUUAAAGGGACGUGACAUGAGACGGGUCAGAGACGCCGUGUGGAGACAAACCGGGUUUUAUGGUUAAUUUUACGUAAUUAAUUUGAUCAUUAAUAUUAGAUUAUAGUAGUAGUAUAUAAUUUGUCCAUAGAGUUGGAGUAAUUAAUUAAGCACUAUUGACUACACAAUAAUUACUGUCAUCAUUUAUAUCACUCUUCUAUUCGAUAUGUAAUUUAAUACUC